AUGGAGAGCCUCAAGGUGCUCUACACAGCACUGGAGGUGCUGAUCGCUGUGGCUUGUUGCCAUGGCAACCUGAUGGUGAUCUGGGCAGUCUGGACGUGUGGUGCCAUGCAGCGGCAGCCCACCUUCUGCCUCAUCGUCUCUCUGGCCGUAGCCGACUUCCUGGUUGGGGCGGUGGCUGUACCUGUGGCGGUUCUGGUGGACAGUCUGGUCAGAAUCCCCUUCUAUGGUUGUGUGGCUCUAUGUUCUGUGGUGAUUAUUCUGACCCAAGCUUCUGUCCAUUCCUUGUUGGCUAUCACCCUGGACCGGUUCCUGCGUGUCUACAUCCCACUCAGGUAUAAGAGCACUGUGACACAGAUUCGCUCCUGGUCUGUAGUGGGAGCCUGCUGGGUCUCUGCAAGUAUUUUAGGCUUCGUUCCCAUGUUUGGAUGGUAUCGCCAAGACACUCUAGCACAGAUGGAGGAUUCUAACUCCACAACCAUCACUUGUACGUUUCUGGCAGUGAUUCCAAUGUCCUACAUGGUCAACUUCAACUUCCUCACCUGCCUACUGCCACCCAUGCUACUGAUGCUGGUGUUGUACCUCUGCAUCUUCAUGAGGAUCCACCAGCAGCUGAGAGGAGGUGGGGUGAGUGGCAGUGGGUCUCAUUCCUACUACCAUAAGGAACGGAAACUCACCCGUUCCCUCGUUUUCAUUCUGGUGCUCUUUGCGGUCUGCUGGCUGCCUCUGCACUUCAUGAACGCUGCCUCUUUCUAUGGAGUUAUUGUUCCUCGCCAGGCUUUCUAUGUUGGCAUCCUCCUCUCUCAUGCAAACUCGGCCAUUAAUCCAGUGGUGUAUGCACUGAAAAUCCGCAAGCUCAAAUCUGCUUUCAAGGCAAUUUGGAUGAGGCACUUUCUUUGCAAGGAGGGCCAAGAGACUAAAGUCAAUAUCAACAGUACCAUCAGCACAAGAAAUGAGCCAAACAGGACGUUGUGAUCUGCAGAUCUACAGUGUACUACAUGUUGACUCCAUCUCAUACAUCAGAGUGCUUCACAGUGUACAAAUAUAAUGUAAAAAACUGUAAUAGUGUUCAAUUAAAAAAAAUGCUAAAUUAACUCUACAUGAUGCUUUGUUCAAGUUCCCAUUGCAUUUAAAACUGGAAUGAUAAUAACUCUGUACACACAGGUUUACUUUAGUUGAAGUGGCCUUACAUGCUAUGUACUAAAUAUAUACAAUAAGUGAUUUUAUAAUAGAUGACCUAUUCAACUUAUGCUAGCACAUUGCACCAAAGGAUGCUUAAAAUGAACUGUGACUAGAAUCUUAUUUAAAAUGUUAGAGGUAGAUGUAAUAGUCAUAUGUUCUAUUUAAAGAGCACUGUUUCUCAGUCAGGGUGGGCUGUUUCUUAGUCAACCAUCAGUGUAUCCCUCACAGCUUCCUUUACAGGCACUGGGACAUCUACAGCUUCUUAAACUAGCGUGUCACACCAGUUAGCCUUUGCCAGAGUCGGGGUCAAAGGUUGUGGCAAUUGUCCACUUUCAUGCAGUUUCCCUUCCCUGCCAGCAGAGGUCAUCUUGUCACAAAUAUCAUGAUCAUGCAAUAAUCCCUGUGGCUCUUUAGUACCCUCUUCUGGUUGACUAAAUAUUGAACAACCACAUUUACCAACCCACUGGGACAACGCUGUGGUCAGCUAGUGGGAAACAGACUAAUGGCAGCUGGUACAUGGGAUGGAUAUUUGCGUAGCCCCAGAUGACCAUUAGUUGCACUGUUCCCCAGUUUAUUAUGUGUCCUUAAGUACUAUGUAUUUAAUAACUGAUUAUAAUGAUUCAUGUGUGCUCCACUGUGUGUUGUACUGGCACAUGUUGUUGUACAGGCUGUAUAAAGGUUCAUGGUUAGGAUUAGAUUUCCUUUUAGUAACAUAAAAUAAAACGUACUUGUAUGAGAAGAUCAUUGUACUAUUUAUUACCCAAGUAAGUACACUGUAAUAAAUGGUAAAUGGACUGCAUUUAUAUAGCGCUUUUCUACUCAUAGAGUUUACACGUCAGUCCCAAAACCUGCUGGGGGUUCAGUGUCGUGCUCAAGGACACUUCGACACUUGGUCGGGAUUGAACUAGCGACCUUCCUCUACCUACUCUCCCUUCUAAACCACUGUCGCCCCCCCCAAAAAAGAACCCUUAGUGUAAAGUUGGACCCUAUGGAUCGCUUCCUGUCAGAUCGAUUUGAAUGAUAAUUGAGUUCUGAACAUUUGCAGAGAAGUGAGUUUCUCAGUGAGCAGUGACACACACACAUAACUAUCACACUACCAUAAUGGGCAUGUUUACAUGUCUGAUGCUUGUGAUCAGGUUAGUCAGUGCAUUUAUUUGAAAAUGUCUACAUUUGUGGGGCUUGUGGAUCAAAUGUAAAUCAUUGAGGUUAAAAAUGUAUGGCCUUUCUGCUUCCUGUGUGCGUGGAUCUGGACUGAGCAUGAUGUGUAUUACUGGUGGAGCAAGAGGAGCUUGAAGAAGCAGUCAUACAUUACAGUAGUGUGAGCAUUCAAAUUCCCCAAAUAGCCAUGCUUAAGUUGACUUGUUUUUAUUGGUUGCUAAUGCACAAUAUGGUUGAAAAAGUAUGUAAUUGUAGACAAAAAAAAAACAUAUCACCAGUUGAUCACCAACAUGUAUUUUA